AUGUCGGACGGCUGGAUGAGCGAGCCCAUCGCCAUCAUCGGCAUGAGCUCAAAAUUUGCAGGAGAAGCCACAGACAACGAGGGACUUUGGCGUAUGCUCGCAAAUGGAAGAAGUGGUUGGACCCCAUUUCCUCAUUCGAGGUUCGGAUCAAAAGGAGUUUACCAUCCCAACAAUGAGAGACUCAACAGUACACACGUAAAAGGUGCGCAUUUCCUCGAGGAGGAUGUUGGACUGUUUGAUGCCAACUUCUUUGGUUACUCGGCUGAGACUGCCUCGUCUCUUGAUCCUCAAUACCGGCUACAACUGGAGUCUGUCUAUGAGGCCAUAGAAAGUGCUGGUCUUCCAUUAGCCCAAAUCGCAGGCUCGAAUACGUCUGUAUUUACGGGAGUCUUUGUCCACGAUUACAGGGAUGGCCUCCUCCGUGACGCAGACAACCUGCCUAGGCUCAUGGCAACGGGCACGGGCGUGCCUAUGAUGUCGAACCGCAUCUCUCAUUUUUUUGAUCUUCAUGGAACGAGCAUGACGAUCGAAACCGCCUGCUCUUCGGGCAUGGUUGCGUUACACCAGGGCAUUCAGAGCCUGAGAACCCACGAGGCCGAUCUCUCUAUUGUUGGCGGUGCCAAUCUGACUCUCAACCCCGACAUGUUCAAGGCGCUGUCAUCCUCAGGAUUCUUAUCCGGAGAUGGAAAAUGCUACGCCUUUGACUCCCGUGCAAGUGGAUACGGACGCGGCGAGGGUGUGGCGACGUUGUUGAUCAAACGCCUGAGAGAAGCGCUGGCCGAUGGCGAUCCAAUCCGAGCCGUCAUUCGUGAAUCGUUGCUUAACCAGGACGGCAGGACAGAAACGAUCACAGCGCCUAGUGUAGAGGCACAGGAAGCCUUGAUUCGCGACUGCUACCGCAGAGCAGGCCUGCUCUUUGGGGGGUCUGGCCGCCGGCGUGAGAACCCAUUGCUAAUGGGGUCUAUCAAAACCAACAUCGGCCACACGGAGGCAGCGAGUGGACUGGCAAGCAUUAUCAAGACAGCACUGGCAAUGGAGCGUGGAGUCAUCCCACCGUCUAUCAACUUCGAGAAGCCCAAUCCGAAGAUCGCCUUGGACGACUGGAAUCUCAAGCUCGUUACGGAGUUGGUGAACUGGCCACCAGGGUCAAGUCGCCGAGCAUCUGUAAACAAUUUUGGAGCGGGCGGACCCAACCGGAAAUUCCUGGUCAAUCUUGCAUACACCCUAGGUCAGCGCCGCAGCAGGUAUUCGUGUGUUGCGGUAUACCCAGUACCUGUCACUAAAGGCGUUGACGCCGUCGUCCGAGCACUAGACUCGCCUGCAUUCAAACCCAGCCGCAACUCGCGUCGGCCCAGAAUCGGUAUGGUAUUUACAGGGCAGGGCGCACAGUGGUAUGCUACCUCGCUCGAAAUGGCUGGGGCAUAUCUUGAAGAAUUCACUGGCGCCAACUGGUCUUUGCUGGAAGAACUUUCACGCGACGCCGACACGUCUCGCAUCAAUGAGGUCGCGUUGAGCACACCCAUCUGCAUCGCAAUUGCCGCAGCGUACGCCGCGGGGGCACUGAGUUUUCGCGAGGCCAUGGCUGUCUCAUACUACCGCGCCGUGUUGGCGGCCGGCGAGCAUCCGGGAAGAGCUCCUGGCAAAGAGGAAGGCGCCAUGAUAGCUGUCGGACUCGGUGUCGACGAGACAGAGUCGUACCUCAGGCGGCUGACACAGGCAAACGGCAAAGCCGUGGUCGCGUGCAUAAACAGCCCGUCCAGCACUACAGUUUCCGGGGACGUUUCUGCCGUCAAGGAGCUCGAGGAGCUUGCCAACAUAGACGGCGUUUUUGCCCGUCGCUUGAGGAUCAACACCGCCUGGCAUUCUCACCAUAUGGUGUCUGUAGCGGAGGCCUACAUCGAGUCCAUCGACCGUGCCACAACGCCCGCCGGAAAGAAGGAUGCUACGGCCCGGCGUGAUGAUGAUCAUCUAGUCGCAUUCUCGUCACCUGUUACUGUCCGCAAAACGGACGCACUGGGUAGUAUGCAGGCACUGGCCGCCGGCUUGCUAAGAGAAGGGUAUCCGGUUGACAUGGACGCCGUGAAUUUCCCUCACGGCAGAAGUCAACAAGACAUCAAGGUGCUGACCACGCUGCCCUUGUACCCCUGGAACCACCAGAAUAAGCAUUGGAUCGAACCAAGAUUCAACCGCGCUCUUCGGGCCCGCUCGGAGCCGCCCCACGACCUGUUGGGCUCCCUCGUCGACGGCUCGAACCCGGACGCGCCUUCGUGGCGACAUAUCCUACGCAUUACCGACGCGCCGUGGACUCAGGACCACGUGAUUCAAUCCAGCAUUGUUUUCCCCGCGGCGGGCUACAUUUGCUUGGCCAUAGAAGCUGUCAGACAACUCUCCAUGAUAGAGGGCGCCAGCGACAGGUCGAUAUCUGGCUACCGGUUACGUGACAUCGACUUCAUGCAAGCCCUUUUGAUACCAAGCAGCUCAGACGGCAUCGAGAUCCAGACACAGCUGCGCACUGCCAGUAAUAGAGACCUCGGCGCCCGAGGCUGGAAGCAUUUCGAGGUCUGGACCGUUACGGCGGACAACAGGUGGACACAACAUGCCAAAGGCUUGGUCUCUGUUGAGUUUGACAAGACGCCCACCGCUGAGGCUGUCGAGCCAUCAGGAUCAGGAUCUGGCAGCAGCCACAGCGUGGUGACCAUGGCCAUACCCGAUACGUCGGUGCCCAACGAUCUUGUCAGGGAUCCCGUAGUGCACCCCGUCACAUUGGACAGUAUCAUCACGGCUCCUUACUCGACGCUUUCUGCAGCGGCUGCUCGCCAGGCCACCGCCAAGGUCCCUAGGGCUGUGGAAAGCUUCUGGGUAUCCAGUGCGAUCAGUCAUAGUCCGGGCCAUCUUCUCAGGGCGCACUCUUGGCUCGUCCGAGAUGACAGCCAAGGCAUGGAGGCCGGCGUGUCAGUGUUUGAUCACGACAGUGGAAGCCUGGUCCUGGAAAUGGGGCGAUUCUCGUAUCAGUCUUUGGGUCGGGGUGUUGCAUCUGCCCAACAAACUACUGAGCCAUGGGAGAAAGAGCUGAACAGCCUGGUAAAAUGGGCCCCCGACAUCUCUACUGGUUCGCCAGCUACGUUUGCUUUCUUAAAGAAGCAACUGAGUUUGAAGAAAACAGAAGACUGGCACGAUGAUGUUGAUGAGACGACAAAGAUAUGGCAAAUCUGCAUGUCUUUCAUGCAACAGGCUAUCGCCAAUCUGGAUUCGCGCGAUGCAGACCGCGUGGAGCCACGGUACGCAAAGUAUUACGCGUGGCUGGUUGACACAGUACAACAGGCAGCAUCGGGGCAACUGUGCAUCGGCGGUGCUACGUGGCUCCCUGACAAAGCGCCGGGGAACCCACAGCGACAUAUGGACCAAGAGACCGGCGAGACGAGAAAUGUAAACGUGGAGAUCGUAUGCCGCCUGGGCGCCCAUUUGGUGGACAUCUUGCGCGGCGAGGUGCCACCGCUUCCAUUGAUGGUACAGGAUAACCUGUUGGCCCGAUUCUACGACAAUAUUCCCGCUCUCAAACGGACGGGGUCACAGCUUUCCGGACUACUUGCCCACCUAGUACACAAGAACCCCCGUGCUCGCAUCUUGGAGAUCGGGGCAGGCACCGGCACCAUGACGCGUUUCGCCCUCUCGGCUUUGGGGACCCCUCAAUCUGGCGGCCCGGCUGCCGACUCGUAUCACUACACUGACGCUUCAGCGGCCUUGUUCGACACAGCACGAGAGACACUUGCUCCCUGGAGUGACCUUCUGGUGUUUGAUGUGCUUGAUCCCCAACGUGAGCCCGCUGCGCAGGGCUUUGCGCACGGUACCUACGAUGUUGUCAUCGCCUCUGGUGUCGUGUCCGCUGAGACCAACUCCGUCUCUCGUACUCUAGGCAGUGCACGGAACCUACUCAAACCCGGCGGUGUCCUGCUGCUCACAGAGGUCGUGCAAGACAAGGUGCUUGUACCAUUCGUACAGGCCCUUCUGCUUCCCGAGCGCCAGAUCGAGUCCAACACGGUCCUUGCUACAGACGUAUGGGAUCGACACCUGCGCGACGCUGGUUUUAGCGGAGUGUCUCUCGAGCUGCGGGAUUGCAGUGACAGUCGAGCCAGUACCUCGGUUACCAUAAUGUCGACGGUACCGCUGCCAACACUACCGGAGCCGUAUGUGGAGCCAGAGAACGUACUGAUUGUUACAAGCAGAAGGGCUGCCCCUCCUCCUGUUCCUUGGCUCAAGGGCUUACAAGCCUUGAUAGGAGAAGGUAUCUUGGGGCGGGGAAACAUAUCAGUCGCGACGCAGGAUCUCGAAUCGGCCACUGCAUCAUCGUACGCCCACAAGUUCUGCAUAUUUAUUGGCGAGGUGAAUAAGCCCAUUUUGCACGACCUGGAUCCCGCAGCUUUGGAAGGCAUCCAAACAAUGUGCACUGCCUGCAAGGGCUUGCUCUGGUUGACGCGUGGAGGUGCCGUGGACUGUGAGAGACCGGAAUUCAGUCUCGCGUCCGGAUUCAUUCGCACACUGCGCACCGAACACGUCGCACGCAGACUGCUCACACUAGAUCUGGACCCCGCGGGCGCACCUUGGUCGGACUCAAGUGCAUCUGCCAUUGUGCAAGUGUUGCGAGCCGCAUUGUUUGACAAGGCUGAGGCCGGGUCUAUAGUAGAGCCUGAGUACGCGGAGCGCGACGGCGUGAUGCUGGUCCCACGUUUCUACCACGAUACGGAAAGAGACCAAGUGCUAUCAUCUCGUGGCGUUCUGGAGCCUGGCCCUGGCCCAACACUCGAGCCGGCACCUAAAACAAGUAUUGAGCCGUUCCACCAGCAAGACCGUCUCUUGUGCCUGCGGCCAGAGACACUGGCUUUCGGUGACGACGAAGCCGGGGCCACUUAUCACGACUCCCCCCUCCCCCCCAACUUGCUGGAAGUGGAGCCCCGGGCAUAUGGCGUCAGUUCUGGGCCUGCAGACAGGGAGAAUCAUAUUCGAGGUCUCGAGUGUGCGGGAAUUGUUACCCGAGUCGGGAGCGGCGCGGCGGUGCAGGACUACAAGGUUGGCGAUAGCGUCGUGUGCGUACUGCACCAAGAGAAGCAGUCGUCUUUCCCGAACCGCGUUGCCGUUGAGCCGACUGCGACGGUGCACAAACCGGCCAACCUGAGCUUUCAGGAGGCCGUGUCCGUUCCACUGGCCUUCCUCACCGCAUACUUCUCCCUCGUCGAGGUUGCAAGACUACAACGUGCCCAGUGGGUCCUAAUUCACGCCGCGGCAGAGCCCACCGGGCAGGCCGCUAUCAUGAUUGCACAACACGUCGAGGCAAAAGUGUUGGCCACUGUUGGUAACCCCGAACAACGGGUUACGUUAACGGAAAAGUAUGGCAUUCCUGCGGAGAGUAUCUUCAUGUUGGAUACCUCCGAUCUGCCGUCAUUUGAGUCCACUAUCCUCGCAGCCACUCAAGGCCACGGGGUGGAUGUGGUCUUGAACUCACUGGGCGGUCCACUCCUCCAGCACAGCUUCAAUCUGGUGGCACCAUUCGGCCACUUCGUGGAAGUCAGCGGCCGUGAUUCGAAGGCAAACAGCAACCUCGAGAUGCGCCCCUUUUCCCGGUCGAUUUCAUUCACAUCGGUCGAUCUCGACCUCAUGUUGGAACACAGAGUGGCCGAUGUCCAUCGCUGUCUAAGGGAGAUUAUGCGCAUGAUUGAGGUGCGGGCGUUCGCCCCUGUGCACCCCAUUGUCUCAUAUGCGCUGGGAGACGUGCUGGAAGCCUCUCGUCUGUUGCAAGAAAAAUCGGAGCCACGUUUCACCGGCAAGGUGGUCCUCUCGGUUGACCAGGACGCGAGAGUGCCUGUGCUCCAGGUUCCACGCCGUGCGAAGCUCGCUGGUGAUGCGUCGUACUUGAUCGUGGGUGGCAAUGGUGGCCUGGGGCAGUCGGUAGCACACUGGAUGGCAUCUCGCGGGGCCAGAAACCUGAUUCUUCUAUCACGCAGCGCUUCAAAGAGCGGCAAGAUGGUGGCGUUGGUCAAGGAACUGCGAGAGACCGGGUGUCGUGUCCUGCCCGUGGACUGCGACAUCGCCGACGAAGAUGACUUGGCUCAGGCAGUCCAAAAAUCCGCAGCAGAGGGGCUUCCACCUAUCCGGGGGAUUGUCCACGCUGCCUUCGUCCUGCGCGACGCCUUUGUCGAAAAGAUGACGUUCCAAGACUGGAAGGACACCACCCAAAGCAAGGUCGCAGGCGCCUGGAAUUUACACAGUUGCUUCAACCUGCCCGACGAUCUCGAUUUCUUCGUCCUAUUCUCUUCCAUCAAUGGUCUUCUUGGGUAUGCCAGCCAGGCCGCCUACUCGGCUGGUGGUGCGUACGAAGACGCCCUGGCCCAUUGGCGCGUUAAGCAGUGCGGCCUUCCCGCUGUAUCUAUCGAUCUUCCGGUCGUCGACACCGUCGGUUACGUGGCCGAGGCCUCCUCCUCCGAGAAACUACGAAGAUCACUUAUCAAAGCUGGACACCGGCCUAUUGACGUAAACGGUGUGUUGGCAUCGCUCGAGUCGGCUAUCCAGAGGCCGUUCGACCCGCAGUUCGCCGUGGGUAUCAACUCUGGGCCGGGAUCCCAUUGGGACGUUGACGGUGCCCUCGGGCGCGAUCCGCGUUCCCUGGCGCUCAAGUAUCGCCCGCUCACGCAAGCCGCCGCACAGCAGCAGCAGCAACAGCAACAGCAGUCCUUGGAAGAGGAGGGCGGCUCGCUGGCCGCCAAGAUGACGGCCUGUACAUCACGAGACGACGGUAUCCGCGUGGUUGGCGAGGCCAUCGCCGAGGUGCUGGCUGAAAUGUUUCUUGUCCCGGUCGAGGAUAUCGAUUUGACCGAGUCGCCCGCGCACCAGGGCGUCGACUCUCUUAUGGCAGUCGAGCUGCGUAAUGUGCUCUUUAGCCAAGCGGGCGCCGAGAUCUCCAUCUUCAACAUCAUGCAGGCUCCAAGUCUGGUGUCGCUGGCGACUGCUGUCGUGGGUUGCAGUCGUUAUAUUAAGUUUGCUGCUGAUUCGCUGUAG